AUGACUGACCUCGAAAAGGCUUUGGGACCUUUAGUGAAAGCGAUUAAAGAUGGCAAAAAAGUUACUUUUUUUAACGGUGCUGGCAUUUCCACUUCUGCUGGUAUUCCUGAUUUCAGAAGUCCCAAAACUGGACUUUAUGCGAAUCUAGCCAAGCUUGAUCUUCCAUUCGCAGAGGCAGUGUUUGACAUUGAUUAUUUUAAAGAAAACCCAAAGCCAUUCUAUACCUUAGCAGAAGAAUUGUAUCCGGGUAAGUUUCCGCCGACAAAGUUUCAUCAUUUUAUAAAGCUUAUACAGAAUAGAGGUCAAUUACAUAGAGUUUACACCCAGAAUAUAGACACAUUAGAGCGGUUGGCUGGCGUUGAUGACGAGUUUAUUGUUGAGGCACAUGGGUCAUUUGCCAAAAACUUUUGUGUCGACUGUCAUAAGGAAAUGUCAAUUGAUACUUUGAAAAAGCAUAUGAAAGAUGAAGCAAAGAAUGGCAUACCCACUUGUGAGCAUUGUGGAGGUUAUGUGAAGCCCAAUAUUGUGUUUUUUGGAGAAGGGUUACCAACACGUUUUUUUGAUUAUUGGGAUGAUGACUGUGACGAGGUUGAAGUGGCAGUUGUGUCAGGGACAUCGUUAACAGUUUUCCCAUUUGCAUCGUUGGCUACUGAAGUAAACAAAAAAUGUAUCAGGGUUCUUGUUAACAAAGAAAAAGUCGGUGAUUUUGGAAGAAGAAAACUGGAUAUUAUAGCAUUACAUGAUUGUGAUCACAUUGCAGAGACACUAGCUCGAUUACUUGGUUGGGAAAAGGAACUAGACAAACUUUUCGCAGAAGGUCAACGUAAAGUAAUCGAGCUGAGUGAGGAAAAAUUAGAGACGGAAACAGAGGUAGAGGUAGAAGCAGAGACAGAGAUAGAAGCAGAAGCAGAUGGAAAAAGAGAAACAAAAACCAAAGCAUCAAAAGAUGAUACCAAUCUUGAAAAUUCCACACACUCUACCAAAAUCACUUCCUCUGAUCCAAACGACAAUGUACCACAAAGUCCAGAUGUAAUUGGACCAGCAAAGCAAAAUGAGACUGCAUUAAAGGAGAAAUCAAACAAGAAAUCAAACACUGAUUUAACAGAACUAGUUGAGAAACUAAAUAUCUGA